GGCGAGUUGGAAAGGUUCAAGGCGGAAGAUGUCAUCGCCGGCAGAGCGGGAGAACUUCGUGCAGCACUUCGGACAGACAACCUGAGCGAUGGGCUGCGGCUCCUCCAUGGAUACGCAGACGAAUCCUGUCGUCACGGAGGUCAGCUCGGAAGUGCAACCUCGCCAGAACGGCGCCGCCGGAAAUAUUGUCGAGCAGUAUGUGCGCCUGGACGAGCAGAUCAGCAAGCUGGAGGGUACCUGUCCUGGUCCGCGGAUGGCCACCGCCGAGGCCUGGGUGGAACACCUCCAGAGCAAGCACGAGGCGAUGCUAGGACUUGAGGGCAUGGGAGUGGCUCCUAUGCGGGAGAGGGAGGCGGAAACGGAGGAGGCGGUGCCCCUUCCGGGUUACACGAUGGGCCGGCAGGGCGACCCAAUUGUGGCCAACACACCCACCAAGGACUUGGCCCAGCUCGCCUACAACUUGGGCGUAAUUGGCGAUGCCCGCAAGGCUUCCAUGCACGAGGACUUCUUUGCCAACCUGAGCGAGUCCGCUUUGUAUUUGCUCAGCAUUCGUUUCUACGGCGAGCUGUUGGAACACACGAAGGUGCGUCUGAAGACCCUCGUCGAAAGCUAUGCGGAGCUGAACGAGCUGUACGUGAGGCAGGAUGGGAUUAUAGCGUACAUAAGCGGGGGAACGUACAUGACCCGGCUGGAGGAGAGAAUUGAUGAGCAGCUGGAGGCGGCCAGAGAUACCAGAGAUAAGCUGGGCAGCGCUCUGGAGCAGUGGCGCAUCUGCGGAUUACUGCUCAGAGCAGCUGCCAAUUCCUCUACGCAGGCAUUGAAGCAGUGGCGACAGCUUGGCAGGAUGAUAGAUCCUAAACAAAAGCUGCAGUGGGCCUUGGACUGUCGAAGUCUGCUGCAUGCCUCCAUGGUCUCCCUGGAGGCAGCUCAUAUGGCUCUGCCACAUGUGGAACUGAAGUACAUGAGUCACCGCCAAGUCCUAGCCGUCAAGCACUGUAACACCUACCUAAUCACGGACAUAGCCAACAAGGCGCGGUACGAGCACACCAGUCGCGUCUUCACCAGCUACGAAUCGAACAUGUCCAAGACCUGCACAUGGCUUUACGAGACCUUCAACCACACUCUGCGCGCCGACUUUGACAAAGCGGAAGAGACUGUGUGCAGGCUGUCCAAAACGCUGCGGGAUCAUCGCGAGGAAGUCUUUGGCACAGUGCGCAAGUGACAAGGAACUAAUUUGCUCAUUACUUUCGGAUUUUUGUACAUUACUUUAAUAAACAGUAGGCAUAACGUUAGUACCAAUAGCUCUUA